GUGAGCACUCAUUAUUUUAUGUUUUAGUUUUAGUAGAUCUAGAUUUCUAGGUAGGCUAUAGUCUAGCUAGGCCCUACGGCAAUUUCUCCCAAAAACCUCAAUGAGUAGCGUUUUAUAAAAUGCCUCAGCAUAGCUCUAGUUCUAGCUCAUCUGAUUCUGACAGUUCAAGUGCAGAUGACAAGAGUCCUAUUAGAAAUGGGCAUAGGCAUUCUUCUGAAGAAGCUAACAACAAAAGAAAAAUGUAUAGACAACAUUCACCACCCAGUAUAAAAAGGAGAUCGAAUUCACCUAGCAGUAGAAAGUAUACUAAACAACGCAAUCGUUCUUUGUCAAAGUCUCCGCCCUUAAAAAGACGCCACUCGCGAUCCACUUCACCUUACACUAAAAAGUCUAGAAAACAGCUAAAUAGAUCAAGGUCAAAAUCCCCCAUAAAGAAACAAAGAAAAUCAUCGUCAUCUCCUUCUCCUAAGAAUAUCAGAUCUAGCAGACAUCAACACAGAUCAAGGUCAAAUUCAAAAUCGUUGUCUCCAAAAUUCAAAUCAUCUAGCAGAAGUCACUAUAGAUCAAGGUCGAAAUCACCAACAGUUAGGCAGCGAUCCUUAUCAUCAGACUCGUCCAGAUCUAAUUCUCCCAAAAUCAGACACAGAUCUCCUGAACAACAGAAUGCAAGACACAAAUAUACUAAGCAUUCACCUGUCAGGAAUAAUGUAAAUCAUCAUAGGAAGAACUCACCAGAUGUCAAGACAUACCACUCUACCAACCACAGAGGACAUGGUGCUAGAGGUGCCAGAGAUAAUGAAAGGGAAAAAUAUCGUCUAGCCUGGGACAAAGAGAUGAACACUGAUGAUGGUCAUCAUUUUAAAAAACCAAGGGAUAGGGGGGGACAUCAAGGGGAGGAUACUGCUGUGAUGGACAGGAGAAGAGAAGAAAGGGAGAGAAUUGGUGCUUGUGGGCUACCAGAAUUGUGGGCCAAGUCACCUUCUCCUGAUCAGGGGUCCGAGUCAGACGAUGAACAUAAGAAGAAGAAAAAAGGGAAGAAGAAGAGAAAGACUAAUGAUAAUAGCGAUGAAGAAAUUGAACUGAAAAAGAAAAAAAAGAAGGCCAAGAAAGGAAAAAAGAAAAAGAAGUCAAAGAAAUCUCGUAAAAGGAAGAAGAAGGAGAGUGAGACAGAGUCGUCGGAAGAAUCCGAACAAGAGGAUGUGUGGCUAGAAAAAACCAAAAAGCCAGAUAAACAAGUGAAUGAUGAAGAUGAUGUGGGACCAACACCAUUUGUUGAAACAAACACACUGACUGAGAGAGACUUUGGUCGCGCUCUGCUGCCUGGUGAGGGUGCAGCUAUGGCCGCCUACAUAGCUGAGGGCAAGCGUAUCCCCCGUCGUGGUGAGAUUGGUCUUACCUCUGAUGAGAUAGAGUCCUUUGAAACUGUUGGAUAUGUUAUGAGUGGCAGCAGACAUCGUCGUAUGGAGGCUGUACGUUUGAGGAAGGAAAACCAGAUUUACAGUGCUGAUGAGAAGAGGGCCCUGGCAACAUUCAACCAUGAGGAGAGGAGUAAACGCGAGGCUAAAAUUCUCUCACAGUUCCGGAGUAUGGUGCAUGAGAAGUUGAAACACUGAUUUGUUUUUAACAAGUCUUUGUGUUGGUGCAUUAAGGUUUCAGAUGUUGAGCUCUAAUUGGUUGCUGAUGUUGAGCUCUAGCUGAUAUUGAGCUCUAGUUUAUAGCUGAUGUUUGUUGAUGUUAAGCUCUAGUUUUAUAGCUGAUGUUAAACUCUAGUUGAUAGCUGAUGUUGAGCUC